AUGCGAUGGACCACGACUUCCCAGCUUGCCCAUCUCUGUUUGGGUCUAGCAGACGUAACGCGAGCCCACACGAUUCCGAGUAACCAGACCGUCCAAGCAGGACAUCAUGUGAUCUUCUCGUAUCCCGGCCUGCAACCGCCGGAUCACCUCUUCGACCUGAUCAAACAAGGCAAAGUCGGAGGCAUCAUUCUCUUCGGAGAGAAUGUCGGUGCUAACCUGAGCACCGUCGUUGGGGAAUUUCAAGAUGCGUACAAAAAGAGCCCGGCCUACGCUGGCGUUCCCCUGAUCAUCACGACAGACCAGGAGGGUGGUAAAAUCCGUCGCCUCCCCGGUGGUCCUGAAAUGAGUGCCAAACAAGUGGGCCAGUCUUCGAAUCCCAAGCACGCCGCGAACCAAGCUGCCAAAGAUGCUGCCAGCGCGCUGAGCGACUACCAGCUAAAUACGAACUUGGCUCCUGUUCUCGACGUUUAUCGACAACCCGGCGAUUUCAUGGACAGCUACGAUCGCUCUUUCGGAAAUACCUCUGCGCUGGUCGGAACCUGCGCCUCUGCCUUCAUCACUGCUCAACAAGACGCGGGCGUCAUCGCUACAGCGAAGCAUUUCCCCGGACUUGGCGCCGCCUCGACAAACGAAAAUACCGACGAGAAGCCCGUGGUCAUCGAUCAGACUCUCGGUCAGCUUCGGAGUGUGGACGAGGAACCGUACCACGAAGCAAUCGCAGCCGAAAUAGACAUGGUCAUGACUUCAUGGGCAAUAUACCCAGCUCUCGACUCGAAGUAUCCUUCAGGGUUGAGCAAAAAAUGGGUGCAAGGAGAGUUGCGAGAACGACUAGGGUUCAGAGGGGUGACUAUCACUGAUGCAAUCGAAGCUGGUGCGUUGGAGAAUUUUGGAAAUGACGCUGAGCGGGGGCUGUUGGCCGCUCAAGCUGGUAUGGAUGUGCUUCUAGCUUCUGCUCGCAAUGUGACACAGGGAGAGGCUAUUGUCGAUGCCCUGGUUUCUGCAUUACAAGAGGGAUCAUUGCCCACCGAGCCAUUUUCAGAAGCCACUGAUCGCAUUUUGGCUUUGAGGAGGAGAAUCUCAGCUUGA